AUGUCAUGGCCAGAGCUGCAAGGGCAGGAGCUUGCACUCCUUAAAGGGGCAUUCGCGAACCCCAGGCAAUUGCAGGCAGCUUUCGAUAGUCGUGAGGAGGCGGCUGAACUAAUCGAAGUGUUCUUGCCAGGCAUCAACCGAGAUGGGAAAUAUCAGAGAGCAGACGUUCUUGUGGCAUGGGCACAGGAAAAUGAAUCAGUGAUGAAGCGACAGCGAAGAGAGUCGUUGCAGGGCAUGUGGGAGGUAUUACCCCAGCAGCGUGUGGUGCCGAAGCUGACGGACACCUUCGAUGAGCUGGCAAGGAGCAACCCGCUUGUCCUGCUACCGGCACUGCAGCGGAAGAGGCGCUUGCUUAGAGAAAAUACCGACGCUACACAGCGAGCAAAGGAGGAGCAGCUGGCGAAGAAGAAGUAUGCCUUACAACUGGCUGAGAUACUUAAGCAGGCGAAGUUGCCAUUGGUGCAACAGCUGGAGGGAGUGGACCGGCCCGAAGAAGUUUGGCCGCGGAUAUUUGGAACCCGCAGGAGCAAGACGCUGCGAAACCGCUUAAAGGCCUGGGAACCCUUCAGGACAUGGCUGCAGUGUGUCCAUGAAGUGCAGUGGCCAACUAGCGUGCGGCAGCUGAUUGAUUAUAGCAAUGAGAAAUAUCAAAGCGAGUGUGGCAAGACAGUGCUGAACAGUUUCCAGGCGUCGCUGGCCGUCCUGGAGCAAGUGGGAAAGGUCGCAGAGACACAGCGGCUGUCGAGUGAUACAACUUGGAUGGCACACUUGAAGUCGUUAACGGCAGACUUGGUGGGUGCGCAAGCACCUGUACAGCAAGCACCCAUGAUGACGGUGGCGAUGAUCAUAUCACUUGAACUGCACAUUGCAAGAGAGGAUGAACCAGAGUAUGUACGGGCAAUGGCAUUCGUGGCGCUGCUGGCUGUGUAUGGUUCAAUGCGAAUGGACGACUUGCAAGGGAUGCUGCCGGCCACCAUGCGGCUUACAGCACAGGGCUUCAAGGCCACUCUGGGACGCACCAAGACGACGGGCGCAGACCGUCGCAACAAGGAGGUCUCGGUCUUCAUACACAGGCAGGCAGGAUUGUCCGGGUUUGAUUGGCUGGGUGAGGGCUUUGCGCUUUGGAAGAAGUAUACUCAGCCGAGAGACUUCCUUGUCAUGAUUGCCAGGGACGAUUGGAAAGGGCCAACUAAGCACUUUGCUAAGAGCGAGGUAGUUGCAGGCUAUGUGCGUGAGGUCUUCAAGAGGCUAGCAACGCCGAAGUUUGAGGAUGGGGCCUAUCGCCUCAACUUGCAGAGGUACCUCUUGGUGGAAGGGGCCCAAGGCUUCUUCACGGGGCAUAGCCCACGCAAUUGGCUUACUUCAGCAGCCGCGGUGUUGGGAUGGUCUAAGGAUCAGAGGGAUUUCUUGGGUCGUUGGAUGAUCGGUGGUUCGGGUUCUGCCGACUACACGCGCACUGCAAGGGAGGUUGUGCAUCGCAUACAGAUUGGAGUCUGCGAAGCAAUUGUCACCGGCAAGGGUGGCGAGUAUCAAGAGAGUGAAGCCCUCGAAGAGCUAAAAGCCUUUGUGGACGAACGUGGAGGUUCAGGUGCAUUGGCAAGGCGGCGGCAUGAUCUACUUAGGACUGUGGAAGGCGUACGCUGCUUGGGCAACAAGUGGCCUGCCAUUGAACAGGACGAUGCAGAUGCCAGCGAAGAGGAGAAGGCACCGGAAGCGAUGAACGUUGAGGGUAGUGCCACAAAGUACUUCAUUAGCAUCAGUCGUAAGACGGGCCAUCGCAGGCUGCACUUGAAUGGGCCGUGCCAUGUUAAGCCACAUCAUUGCAAUAGGGUCGAGUUUGUCGAGCGUGUCGCAUUGGAUCAGAUCGACAGCAUUUGUCGUGAUUGCAAGCAUCGUAUGAGGGAAGAUCAAGGUGCCGAGGACGAUCAGGACACAAGUAGCGAGAGUGGGUCCACAAGUGACUCGAGCAGCGAAGAGGGGUGA